GGUAAGCAGCGAGGGAUGUGAUGCUGCUCCUGCUGCAGGAGGAAAGUUGGCCGCGCUGCCACGCAGGGCUGGUUCUCCUCCUUUCCUCCUCCCCUUCCUCCUCCUCCCCGCGAGUUAAGCGCACAGUGCAGCCCGGCGGUGCAGCCCCGCAGCCCGCUAGCCCUGCCCGGUCCCCGCUCUCCAGCCUCCGGUCCCGGUUCCCGCUUGUCGGGAUGAUGCCGGUGUCCCCGGCACGGCGCUGAGCCGGUCCCCCCCCACCCCGGCCGCCCCUCCUGCAGCCCCCAGCGGAUGGGAGGGAGGGAGCGAGGGAGCACCGCGCUGCGGGUCACCUUGCAGGAAAAUGGGAGCCACUGCCCCAGUGUGACCUGUCUCUAAGGUAUAAGAAAAUAAAGGCCACUCGUCCUACCCCCUCGCACACCUCCCAGUAUGGAUGGCUUGGUGGAGCAGAACAGUGUGCUAAUGCACAAUAAGAUCACUGAAGCCGGGAAAAGGAAUGGUUUGAUUAAUACAAGGAACUUGGUGGCAGAGAGCCGAGACGGGCUGGUCUCUGUGUACCCAACCCCGCAGUACCAGACCCACCGAGCGGGCAGCCUUUCCUCUUCGGGCUGCCUGGAGAACGGCAGGAAUGACCCUGUGCAGCAGCUCCUGGACCCCAACAUGCUGCAGCAGACAGUGGAGUCUCACUACCGGCCCAACAUCAUCCUCUACUCGGAGAACGUGCUGCGCUCGUGGGGCGAGAGCAUCAGCUCGGAGUGCUGUGAAACUACCUUCAUCGAGGACCGCUCUCCCACCAAAGACAGCCUGGAGUACACGGACAGCAAGUUCAUCGACCUCUCAGCAGAUGACAUCAAGAUUCACACGCUCUCCUAUGAUGUGGAGGAAGAGGAGGAUUUCCAGGAGCUAGAGAGCGAUUACUCAAGCGACACCGAAAGUGAAGACAAUUUCCUGAUGAUGCCACCAAGAGACCAUCUCGGCCUCACUGUGUUCUCCAUGCUCUGCUGCUUCUGGCCGUUGGGGAUUGCUGCCUUUUAUCUGUCUCAUGAGACAAACAAAGCAGUAGCCAAGGGGGACUUCCACCAUGCAAGCUCCAGCUCCCGGCGAGCGCUCUUCCUGGCUGUCCUGUCCAUCACAAUCGGAACUGGCAUCUACGUUGGGGUGGCCGUGGCUCUUAUUGCCUAUUUGUCCAAAAACAAUCAUUUAUGAGCCUCAGGAAAGGGGGAGAACCAGCCACCCGGCGCCUGCACUGCAGAACCCCCCAGCAGAUCAGACUGCAUGACUUUCCACAAAGAUGAAGAGACAAACACCUUCUGGGGGCAGGUACAGGAUAACGUGGGCUUGUGCAUUAUUGUAGGGUGGGAAGCUGGCUGGGGGGAUAGCUCUGCAGUCUGUGAUGCACAAGUCUUGCUUCUCUUCAUGACCCCCCCAUACAAGAGAAAACAGAAGGAAAGAGAGAAAGAAAGAAAGAAAAGGAAAAGAAAGAAAAAAAGGAAAAAGGAAGUUGGGGGAGGUGUGGAGAGGGGUGUUUGCCUUUUCCUUCUUUGCAAUACGGUGUUUACAAGCAGCUGGCAAACUGAGCUGUUCUCUCAAUACCUUUUUGGGGACCUGAACUUUGCAGCCAGCAUGAGCUUGUGCUUAGUUUGCUUGUUAAGCACUGCACUGAGAGCUGGGAAAGCCUGGACGGUGGCUGGCAGUGUAACAACAGGAAGAAGAAUAUGUUCUCUUUUGUUUUGAACACAGGACUUACUUGCCUAAGAGUGAAGCAGAGACCUCAGCGUAGAAUGGCAUUGCCUACUCUUCUUGUGUGGGUAGGUUUCCAUGGAAGGAGAAAAGGAAAUAAAAAAAGAGUAUUCUUUUCUUUCCUUUCCUUGUUUUUGGAUUAAGAUGUGACCCACAGGCCCACCCAGUGCAGAACGGCUGAGGUUGCUGCAUGACUUGGCUCCGCAGACUGAGGGUGAAGUCGAAGUAGCAUGAGAUCCAUUGUAAAACGAAUUCCUCCAUCCGGUCAUAUCGUGAUAACGGCACAUUCCUGUGGCGUAUUGCUCACCUGGGUUGCUCCGUCUUACCAUGGAGACCUGCGUAGCAGUGCAAGAAACUUGGGGGGGUCGGGGGGGGGAAUGCAAACUGAAAUACUCAUAAAUUACAAAUCAUGGUAAAGCAUGGGAAUUAACCAGGGGAAAGAACACUUCAUACAUUUCUGGGGUCCUGCUCGCACAUGGAGCGGUGAAGGAGACCACUCAGAUCACAAGCUCACAGCUCGGCCGUGGACCAGGGACACAACAUAGCCAUGGAGAGAUGAGGUUGUCCCUCGCUAAGCAGCGCAAUGGUACGCUGUAAGGAACCUGAGCACUGUCCUUACUCCACUGGCUGAAAUGACACAAUUAUUUUCUUCCCCAGAAUCAACCUUUUAUUCAUUUCUUUUUUGUCUUACAGAUGUACUAUUUCAUCCCACCAAGGGUGUAUCAGCAUAAAUAUAUGUGUAUCGCCAUAUACAUAUAUACAGAGAGAGAAGCUGAUCAAAACAAUAAGCAUUUUAUGAUUCACUGCCUUGUGUUUUACAAACAUUUCUUUACCCAAGAAUGCCUCAAAGACCUUUGUUUUCCAACUGUAUUAUGUGUCAGCUUCGCUCUGGGGCAGGAUUUUUCUCCUGUUUUGGGGUUUUGCAUAAUUUUGGGUUUGAUUUGACUUUUUUCUUUUAAUUUUAUGGGGGAGGAGGACAAACACAUCCAAAACUAUUUUUCUGCUAGUUAUACAGUUUAUUAAAAUACAUGGUACACAGCU